AUGCCACAGAUAGACAGUUAUGAUGGGGUCAGGGACCCUCUGGACCACCUAGAGACAUUCAAGACCUUGAUGCACCUUCAAGGAGUAGUAGACGCGAUCAUGUGUAGGGCCUUCCCUGCAACGCUGAAGGGCGCGGCGAGAAUUUGGUUCAGCCAACUGACACCGAACUCCAUCAACACCUUCAAAGAACUUAGCGCUCAAUUUACCGCGCACUUCAUCAGAGGCCAUCGGUACAAGAAGUCUACGGCUUGUUUGAUGAGUAUCAAGCAGCGAGAGGAUGAAACUUUAAGAGCCUACAUAUCCCACUUCAAUAAGGAGGCACUCUCGAUCGACGAAGCCGACAAUAAGAUACUUAUCGUAGCGUUCACGAAUGGCCUGAAGAAGGGUAAGUUUUUGUUCUCCCUGUAUAAAAACGAUCCAAAGACCAUGUUGGAAGUACUUUACCAGGCCACAAAGUAUAUGAACGCUGAAGACGGGCCCGAGAAGAGAGGCCAAAGAAAAGAGAGAGGCAGGAAGACACUCGGUAGGACCAAGGCCGAAAGAAAGCAAGGAUGGGAGACCGAAGGGAUGAGAGGUGCCCUAAGCCCUUGGGGGGAAGAUUCACGAGCUUCACUCCGUUGA